AGGGAGUAUAAGAUUACGGAUGUAGCAAUUCAUACUACACCUAGGGUUUCUGCUGUCACUUCUUCUGCAGAAAUCACAUUUGAACGAUCCGUAGAUCUUCAACUCGUAAUGAAGAAGCGAUCUAGAGAGUUCAAACCCAAACCUGAAACUCUCAUCCUCGACGCCGUCACUCCGGGCCCGGCCCUCAUCAAGCACUUAGCUUCCUGCAGCGCCCCCGUCCGAUCCAAAGCGCUGAGGUUGCUCGAGGUAUGGCUGCUGAGUCAAUCUGAAAUAGCAGACGACGAUAUGAAGAAGCUCUGGAAGGGACUCUUCUAUUGCCUGUGGCAUUCCGAUAAGGCUCCUGCCCAAUCUCAUCUCAUCAACCGCGCAUCAUCACUCGUACUAAAUCUUGAUCUUUCUCUUGCCUUGAAUUAUUUCUCUGUUUUUCUCGUCUCUCUGAAACGUGAAUGGAUUGGGAUUGACCGCUUGAGGCUCGAUAAAUUUUACUUACUUGUUAGGAAAUUCAUUUACUCAAUUUUCUCUCUGUGCAAGAAACAUAGCUGGAAUGUGGAGCUUCUAAGUAGAGUUGUCGAUAUUUUUAUCAAUAAUGCAUUUUUAGCAGAGGAUAAGUUGUUAGGUAAUGGAGUGUGUUAUCACAUCGUUUCGGUUUGGCUUGAUGAGUUGAGUGGUUGUUCUGUUCCUGUUGCCUGUGAUGUUGUUGGGUAUUUCUUUAAGCCGUUGUUUGAAGUAAUUAAAAGGUCUGAGGAUAGGGUACUGGUUGGAAAAGUGAAGAGCUGUGUAUUUGAUAAGUUGUUAAACACUGGGAAGAGUUUACUCGAGAAGAAGAUGAAAGGAGCUGAAAGCAAUGAAUGCUAUGCAGAGGUGGCUCUUGGUUUGAUUUCAAUGAAGAUGGGUUUUUCCUCAAUGUUUUUUGAGAUUGGUUCAUCUUUGGAAUGUCAUCAGGGAAACAGGAAAAUUAUUUUCAAGUUACAUGAUGAGUUCUUGAAAUUGGAGAACCUAUUUGAAACCUCAAGGGUUGACAUUGUGCUUCCCAAGGUUCCUAUUGAAGAAGAGCAGAUUCCUGAUAUGGUUCCAAUUGAGAACAGUAAGACAAAUAAGGGUGAUGCAUCUGAUGGUCAAACUGAUGAAAAUUCUAGAAAAUGCAAGAAGGCUAAGAUGAUGCAGGUUACAAGCAACAAAAUUGGUAAGAAGAAAGAAGAGAAAAAACGGGCUUCUCAAGAUUGCUCCCUAAUCACAGAAACUGUUUUCGCACCUAGAUUAACAGAGAAUUCAAAGCCAAGUAAAGGUAAAGAGGAUUCUGAAAUUGCAUUGGCAGGUGAGACCAUAAAAGACAAUCCGGUGGUCGAAAGUGUGGUAUUCACUGAGACUGUCAUUUCAAAUCUACAGAUGCAGUUCGAGAAAGUAGCUACCGAAGUUGGUGAUGGUGAAAUCAAUAAACCUAAAAUUCCUAUGGAAAACAAAAGAAGGAAUGGAAAAACUGUCAAUAACACAGAGUCAUGUAUCGUUCACUUACACAAUGUAGGAGAUUUUUCUGUUACUGCUGCAAAGAGUGAAGAGAAGAGGUCAAAGAAGGUUAGGUUUGCCAUGAAGAACAACUUGGUUUGGAAACCACACUGCCCAUUGCCUCCACAGAGUUUGAGAUUGCCACCCUCUUCUACCCCACGGGGCAGUGCCCUUAAGAAGGGUGUGCCCCCAGGCCCAGUAAGAGAGAUGCCCUUUGCAUCAAAGAAGAGGAAGCUGAAAAAGAAAGGUCGAAAGAUGCUAAGCACCAUCUCCCCCACAAUGAAGAGACUGAAAAAACACAAAGCUUCUUCGCCAUAGUUGGGGAAUUUUGGGUUUGAGCAUUUUAUUGUAUUUGGCUAUCCAUUUGAGAGAUAGAACCCCUUGCAAUGAGUAUGUUCAAACUCUGAAGUAGUCAUGGAGCUGGUCCCGACGCGGCGACACCGACAAUGAGUUCACGGGGCUAGACCAGAACCGAAAAACACAAUUCAGGUAGAAUAUUGGGGACUGGAAUCAGCCGGUCCCCGAUGACUAUAUCUUUUUCUCCUUUUUUUUUUCUAUUGGCCUUUCUAAUAGAGCUGUUAGGGGGUGGCUCUUAGGACUCUUAAAGUGUGUGGGGUUCGGAGAGGACAGUUUAAAAAACAUUCUAUAAAUAAUUAAAUACCUCUCAUUUUCCCAUUUUUCUUACACCAACUCUCCAAAACCUUGAUACUUCUUAUUCUCCUAGUAUCUUUUCUCAUUAUCCCCAUUUCCCCCAUUCUUCAUCAUUCAUUGAUCCCUUCAAUAUCUCCCUCGCUAUGUUAACUCAUUAUGAUUUCAAUAAAAAUGCAGUGAACGAUAUGUUCGACGCACAAUGUUUUUUUAUUGUCGGAAGGUUUUGUGCUUGGGUAAAUAAGAAAGCAACAAUUAUGAUACACUCUGCUGACAUAUCUUUACAGAGCACUCAAACCCUUUGAUGCCAAGUUGCCAACAAUGAACAAGUCUCGUGUUCGCUUCUUUGAAAUGUUAUGACUUAUGCACCAUUUCAUAUUGAAUAAAACUUUAUGCAUUGCCAUUGUAGCAAUUUUAGUGUUGAUAUUUGCAAUGUUUGAAAUUUGCUAGGUCUGGGACUGAGUUGGUUCUUAGAGAAAACAAAUGGAACCAUUUAAAAA